CCCGCCCUGCGGACCAUCGUCACGACAUCAGUCCGAGAGGAAGGGGGAGAGGGGGGGAAAAAGGCAGGGAUGGAGGAAGAAGUCGCACGGGUGGGCCGCAUCUUGCUCUUGCUGGGGCAGACGACUCGAAAGUCUCUGGCUCGGCGGGUGGCUAUGCGUCGGGAAAGUGACCUCUCCCCCGCGGCCCAACGGGGAUAUCUUUUGCUCGCGGAAGAAACCUUAAGGUUCCUCCACACCCUGGCUCAGAGUGGCUUGCGGCAACGGGGUACACGGGCAGGCAGGGUUGUCCUCCCCGACGACACUGGCAGGCUGCGGGUGAGCAAGGCCAGGAGCAGGGAUAGGCAGGAACAGGACGUGUGGGAGGCAGUGGAGGAGGUGGCAGUGGGGCUCCUGGAUGAGACACAGCCUUUGCUUUCCCUCCCGUCUUUUCUGACCUUGAUCCAAGAGAUGCUGGCGGACGAGGACGCCGGCGUCCGUGCCCGGGCCCUCCGCCUCUUCCACACCACCUUGGCCGAGCGGGGGGAAGCAUUGGGGCGGAGGAAAAAAUGGUCCCGGGGGGAGGAACGCUUGAUCUUGGAGAUGCUUCCUGAUAUGUUUUCGGUGGUGGGAGAUGGGGAAGGCGAGGGGGAAGGAGGGGG